AUGUUUCACGCGCUUGUUUUGUUCUCUGUGUGGCAUCUGAUUGGUGUGUUUGGUGCUGAAACAAAUGAAGUACAAUCAGUGUCAGUGACUGAGGGAAAUUCGUUCACUCUGCACAAUGAUGUUACUGAAAUACAUGAAAACGAUGACUUACUGUGGCAUUUUGGAGCUGAACAAUAUAUCAUAGCUCAAAUCAACAGAGAGGUUGGGAUCUUCAACACAUAUAAUGGCCCUGAUGGGAGAUUCAGAGACAGACUGAAGCUGAAUGAUAAAACUGGAUCUCUGACCAUCACAAACAUCACAACUGAACAUGCUGGACUCUAUGAACUAGAUAUUAGUGGACUGACACUGAAAUCAAAAACAUUCAAUGUUUCUGUCUAUGCUCGUCUGCCUGUUCCUGUCAUCAGCAGUAACUCUUCACAAUGUUCUUCAUCUUCAUCAUCAUCAUCAUAUUGUUCAUUGUUGUGUUCAGUGGUGAAUGUGAGUCAUGUGACUCUCUCCUGGUACAAAGGAAACAGUUUAUUGUCCAGCAUCAGUGUGUCUGAUCUCAGCAUCAGUCUCUCUCUACCUCUGGAGGUGGAAUAUCAGGAUAAAAACACCUACAGCUGUGUGCUCAACAAUCCCAUCAGAAACCAGACGAGACACCUGGACAUCAGUCAACUCUGUCACACAUGUGCAGUCCACAUCUAUUGCUGUGGUUUUGCUGAAGCUGUGAUCCGAUUGGCCGUCUCUGCUCUGGUGGGCGUGGCUAUUGUGGCUGUUCUGGUUUAUGACAUCAGAUCCACAAGAGGAGGAGACAAGAAGCAGAUAUCAUACAUAUUAUCAUGA